GGACGUCGCCAUGAUGCAGGGAUGUUAAAAGAUUCUGGCCUACUAGGUUCCCUGGAGCUUCACGCCCAUAAUCCAGAUGGGCAACUCCUUUGCUUGUAUGGAGACCCAGCUUAUCCACUUCGCCCACAGUUAAUGGCCCCCUACCGUGUUGGUGAUGUGCAAGUAUUAACAGAGGAUAUGAAAGAAUUUAAUCGAGCAAUGAGCUCCCUCCGAGUUUCUGUGGAAUGGUUGUUUGGUGAUGUUGCAAACAGUUUUAAAUUUAUUGAUUUUAAGAAAAAUUUAAAAUUACGGCUUAGUGCAGUUGGCAAAUUUUAUGUUGUUGCUGCAUUGAUGAGAAACAUAUUAACAUGUCUCUAUGGGAAUACUACUUCAAAGUACUUUCACAUUGAUCCACCGACCAUCGACUCUUACUUAGGGGUGCAUAAUUAG